UCUCCUCGUUCCAUUCCCCCUCCUCCUGGGUCGAUUCCCUUCUCGUUCUCCUCACAGCGCCUCCUCCUCUCCAAUCCCUAACCCUAACCCUAAGGCGACGGCGCCGUCGCCCGCGGCCUCUCCCCUUCACCAACGGCGCCAUCUCGUCCGAGUCCGAGCUGGAGGAGCACGUGUACGUCGGGGAUGCAGCAAGGCCAGCAUGCCAUCGGUCCCGCCUUCCCUGGUUCCUCGCCGAGCGCCACGAAGAGGAAGAGAGAAUGGUGAAGGAGAAGGGAAAGGGUGCUGGUAAGGAGAAUGGGAAGGCGAAGGGUGCUGGUAAGGAGAAUGGCAAGGCGAAUGGGAAGGCGAAGGCAAAGGAAAAGAGCUUGAAUUACCUAAUUAGGCAAGAUUCGCCGCUGCCUCUGCCGGUUCCGAGGAAGAAGAGCAAACCUAAGGUGCAGAUUAGGAAGGAGAAAGACUUUCCCAAUGCCCCAAUGGGAGAGUUGAUUUGUAGCUUAAAAAAACACCCUCCACCUCCUCCGCGUCUCCCUGACCGCACCGGUGCCGGCGUGCGUGCCGCGGAAGCCGCUGCCUCCGGCUCCGCAAUCGGCUCCGAGCUGCCUCAUGCAUCUACUAUUGUGGUAGAGGACGAGGAGAAGGAGGAGGACGACGAGGACGAGGAGAAGGAGAAUGAGGAGGACGACGAGGACGAGGACAUAGAUGAGGACAAGGACAAGGAAUAUGAGGAGCAGAAUCUGUUUGUGGUUCCUCCAUUGCAAGCGGGUGCUGAUAUGUCAUAUUACAUCCAUUAGUAAGCUUAUCACUAUGUGAUGCCUAAACAGUAGAACACAGCCUAGGUAGUAGCUAACAGUAGUGUUGUUGUUGUACUUUUGCUUAAUUUACUCUCCAAAACCAGCAGAUGCCUAAACA